CACAUUCUAGAGAAAACAAAAUUGACUCUUCCUUAUCUUAGUGUUUGAUGAAUAACCCUGUAGCAUAAGCACCAUAAGCACCAUGUAUUCAGCAACCAUAGGACAAAGACACUUCAAUCCACACUAUGCACUUCCAGAAACCAAUACUGAAGUAUAUGUCAAAUCUGAGAGUUCCUGAGUCAUUCCAUGAUGUUCCUUAGCUGCCAGGGGCUCACUCACACUAGUCUUACAUGUCAGUAAAGAGGUCAGGGCUUAAAAUCCUCUAAUAUCCCAAAUUUGUUACGAGUUUCUGAACAAUAAUACCCUAACUAUGCUCAUCAUUCUGUCCCUCCUGUUUAGAGGGAAAUGGAAAAACUACCAAUAUUUGCUGACUUUAUACUUUGCCAUUGAAGAGAUCAAUAAGGAUGCCCACCUGCUUCCCAAUGUAACCUUGGGAUUCCACCUCUUCAAUGCCUUUCACUCUCACCGAAGAACUUUAGAGGGCCCUCUGAUGUGGUUGUCUGCAAGGAGUGAGUUUAUUCCUAACUACAAAUGCAAAAUUCAACACAAAGCGCUUGGAAUCAUUGCGGGAAUCAGGCCUGAAUUUUCUGCUGCAAUUGGAACUCUUUUGGAACUCUACAAAAUUCCACAAGUCACAUAUGGAUUGUUUCAUUCUGUGCUAAGUGACAAAGAUACAUUCCCAUCCUUGUACCAGAUUUCUCCUCAAGAAAAAGCUCUGACCCAAGGGGUGAUCUUUUUAUUGCUGCACUUUGGCUGGAAGUGGGUGGGAAUCAUUGUAGCUGAUGACCUAAAAGGAAAGGAGUUCCUCUCUGACAUGACAGCAGAGCUUGCUUCAGAAGAUAUCUGUGUGGCUUUUACAGAAAAAAUACCAACUUUUAAAAAAAUGGAUUUUCUGUUUGGGGUUGGGGUGGUGAAUUUGAGCCAACAUACAAAAGUAAAUGUGUAUGUGUUUUAUGGGGAUAUAGAUGAUGUCCUGAUUUUCUACAUACUAAACGAAAUUAAGUCAAAGAGAAAGAAGAUGUGGAUCAUGGCAAAGCCCAACUUUGUUUAUUUACAAUCUGUAUUUUAUAAGUGGAUUGGUUUGAUGCCCUUUUUUGAAGGUAGCUUCUCAUUUUCAAAGAAGAGAAAUAUCCCUGGCUUCAAGCACUUUAUCGAGGCACUUACACCCUCACAGUACCCAAGUGAUAUUUACUUCCAUAAAUUCUGGCUGGACAAUUUUCACUGCUCACCUUCUCCUUUGCUAUGUGGAAGUAAAGAACUCUGCCCACUGAAUAUAUCGCUAAAGAAUAAACAGGAAAUAAAGGUUGUGAUGAUAACUUCUGAGCCCAGCGUUUCCAUAUGGAAUGCAGUGUAUGCAGUGGCCCAUGCCCUCCAUGAAAUGCUUUUGAGUAAAACAGAAAUAGCUUCUCACAAAGACAUAAACCAGGACAGGCUUCUACCUUGGCAG